AUGAAUUGUAUAAGUUGGAACUGCCGCGGAUUGGGGAGACCACGUGCAGUUCUUGAACUCACUGAGAUGGUGAAAAAAUACUCCCCUUCAAUAAUUUUUCUCAUGGAAACUAGAUCAAAAAUUUGUACUCUCAAAAAUCUCCGGUCAAAACUGAACGUAGAAAAUGUUCACAUUGUCCCUCGCCUCAACACAGGGGGCGGUUUAGCUCUGUUCUGGAAGAAUGGGAUUGACUUGCAUAUUCUUGAUUCUUCUCCUUCUCACAUAGAUGCAGUAGUCAAUCCAGGAGGGGAUGACGCUUGGCGGUUCACCGGUUUUUACGGAAACCCGGUAACAGCUAACCGGGAACUCUCUUGGAUGCUACUUAAGCAUCUUUGCCUCAAAAUGGACCUGCCCUGGCUAUGCUUAGGUGACUUUAAUGAAAUCGUUAAGGCAGAAGAAAAAAUAGGUGGUGCUCCUCGUAGGGAAAGACAAAUGACUAACUUUAGAGCAGCUCUUGAUUUUUGUGGUUUUUGUGAUUUGGGGUUUGUUGGCUCACCCUAUACGUGGUGUAAUAAUCAAUUUGAUGGGGUGGUAACUUGGAUUAGAUUGGAUAGGGGAGUAGCUAAUACGGCUUGGACACAGCUCUUUCCUUCAGUCAGAGUCCAUCACAUUGCAGGCUCUCUAUCGGAUCACUGCCCAUUGUGGGUAUGCUCGAAUGAUGAGAAUGUUAGAUUUUACAAGAGGGGAAGACCUUUCCGCUUUGAGGCAGUUUGGUUGACUGAUGACCGUUGCGAUGGUGUGAUUAAAAAUGCUUGGGCUGGUAAUACCUUAGAAAAUCCAAUGGAUAGGCUGGUGGGGAAAGUUGAUGUUUGUCGUUCCUCGCUCCAAACCUGGAGCAAACUUUCUUUUGGUAACAUUCGUAGUCUAUUGUAUCAAAAGAAAAAGCUGCUGGUCUAA